AACUGACACUGUGAGCUGAUCAAAUGGAGCGGAGGCAGGACACUUUGUUUGAUUUCUUACAAAAGGCUGUUCAAGACCGUACUUUUGUUGAACAUCUUGUUCAUAAGAUUGAAUCUAUGGAUGUUGCAGCAUACAAUAAGAAAAGACGAUUGCCUUAUAUUGAUCAAACCAAGCCAGUUGGAGAAAAUAGUCUUUUGGAGAACAACAGUAGUUCUGGACCUGAGAUAGGAAAUAUUUUGCACCAAAGUUUCUCAAACAAGCUAAGACUAGAAUUGUCACCUGCUGUUUCAGAUAUUAACUUGGUUUCUAAUAGCACACAAAGUUCUAAUGAAGAUAGAGCAAGUCCACAGAGAAGGGUCUGUGAAGGAGAACCAAAGGAUGCUCAGACCAGAUCAGAGGGCCUUUUAUUCGCACCUGAAACGUUAGAUCUUUCAGAUACGGGUGCAUCUUUUACAUUCAAAAUGGAUUCAUCUUUCACGCAGAGAGUACAAAUGAAUGAAAUCCCAACAGUACAUUCCCUGCAACAGAGAUUAAAUUCCAAUGAAGAACCUGAUAGUCGUGUUUCCUGUCAAUUAAAUCUAACUCUGGCAUCUUCAUUACAAGUCAAUAGAAGUCCUAGCUUAACUAUGAUGUCCCAACAACGUCGGUAAAUUGUAAAAGUCCCAGAGUUA